GGCCAUCAAGCCUCAGCCGGAAUCAUCUCACCCAGAAUAGUCCAAACUCAUGGUGAAAAUUGAAGAUAUGAUGCGGUUAAGAGCUUUCCUGCCGACAAAUGAUAAAAUAGUGAAGAUGCAUAUGCACCCCAGUCCCCACACAUCUGUGACUCAUUACAGCCGCAUCGGAUCACAUUUCUGUUUGGAAUUGGGAACACCGACAGUGAUUAUAAUAAGCUUGCUUUCUGGUAAUGGGGACAACCUCUAUAGCAUCUUCUUCAUCUGGAUAAGAAUCCCCUUAACUAAGGAUCAGAUUAUUGCUUUGACCAUUGCAAAAGAUAAUAACAUCAUCUGCAUAUGCCAAAUGGCUAAUCUACCAACCUUGCCCCUACUCGAAAGUAGAGAGACUGUUUCCAAAGAGGCCCCUGGCUCAACGUCGAAAGUUGCAUUGCUUGACUAACUGCUACUUCAUUAAUUAAAGAAGCGCAGACAGUUUAGAGAUCCAUUUUGAUUUAUUCCAUCACACCCCAAAGCCAAAAAAUGGUGAAAUUUUGG